UAUAUAUAAUACAACUCAUUCCAUUUCUCUCAUUCUUGAGAUUAAGGGCGGUGAAGAAAAAGAGGGUUCUUCAAGUCUCAUCUUCGUGUCUCCUUCAGGUAAGUCAUGGUGAAGCAUAACAACGUUAUCCCAAAUGGUCACUUCAAGAAGCAUUGGCAAAACUAUGUAAGGACAUGGUUUAACCAACCUGCCCGCAAGACCAGAAGAAGAACUGCUAGGCAAAAGAAGGCUGUUAAGAUCUUCCCUAGACCAACUGCUGGUUCUCUUCGUCCUAUUGUCCAUGGACAGACAUUGAAGUACAACAUGAAGCUAAGGCAAGGAAGAGGGUUUUCUCUUGAGGAGCUCAAGGCUGCUGGCAUUCCUGACAAGCUAGCACCAACUAUUGGUAUCUCUGUUGAUCACCGAAGGAGGAACCGUUCUUUGGAGGGUCUUCAAGCUAAUGUUCAGAGGCUUAAGACAUACAAGGCUAAGCUAGUUGUCUUCCCCAGACGUGUCCGCAAAUUCAAGGCUGGUGAUUCUACUCCUGAGGAAUUGGCAACAGCUACUCAAGUGUCUGGAUCUUACUUGCCAAUUGUUCGUGAGAAGCCAGCAGUGGAGUUUGUUAAGGUGACUGAUGAGAUGAAAUCAUUCAAGGCUUUUGAUAAGCUGCGUUUGGAAAGGACAAACAAACGUCAUCUUGGUGCUAGGUUGAAGAGAGCUGCUGAGGCAGAGAAAGAAGAGAAGAAAUAGAUAAACUCUUCUUCUUUAACUUUGGUCUGAAUUUUAUCAUAUGGUUGGGUUCUUUUUUGUUUUGGUAUUGUGAUUUCGUUUUGAGAUUAUUUUAAGUAUUAUGACUUUUGAGGAUAUUAUUGUUGUUUUGAAAUUGAACCUUUUCUGGUUUCAUAUGUUCAAUUUUGUUGGUUUA